AUGGAGGAGGCAUCGAAGGAUUUACAUGGGAAACGCGGGGCUCUCAUCGUCGUCGAAGGCCUUGAUCGCGCAGGAAAAUCGAGCCAAUGUGCAAUACUACGCGACAGUCUACAGCAGUCAGGCCAUGCUGUGAAGUACAUUCGAUUCCCUGACAGGACAACGCCCAUUGGGAAGCUAAUAGAUGGUUACCUACGUGGCCAGUCGCAGCUAGACGACCACUCCAUCCACCUCCUUUUCUCUGCCAAUCGCUGGGAAAUUGCUACGAGCAUUGAAGAAGACAUUUCCCGUGGAGUCAGCCUGAUUGUGGAUCGCUAUUCGUACUCUGGGGCUGUUUACUCAGCUGCAAAGGCGAACCCCAGUCUGUCACUUCAGUGGGCAUGGCAACCGGAAGUUGGUCUACCACGUCCUGAUAUAUGUAUUUUUCUCAAUAUAUCGCCUGAACAGGCGGCAAAGCGCGGUGGAUUUGGCGUUGAGCGAUACGAGAAUAGUACAAUGCAGAAUCGCGUGCGUGAGAUAUUCCAGUCCGUAUUUGACCUGCAGGAGAGUGGUGAUGUCCGUAUAAUCGAUGCUGGAAGGUCGAUCGACGAAGUAUCGCAGGAUAUUCUGAGAAACGUUCUGGACCGUAUCAAUGCUUUAGGCGCCAUUGGGCCUUUGAGGAAGCUGGAUCCAUUGCCAUGUGGCUCCAGUAAGGAGUAG